UCCGGUAGCCACCAACCGCUCCGGGUCAGAGGCCCGAGCAUGGCGGGGAGCCGGCUGGAAACCGUGGGCAGCAUUUUCUCGAGGACUCGGGACCUCAUUCGGGCCGGGGUGUUGAAGGAGAAGCCCCUCUGGUUUGACGUUUAUAACGCCUUCCCCCCGCUGAGGGAGCCGGUCUUCCGAAGGCCCCGCCUGCGAUACGGCAAAGCCAAAUCGCCCGUCCAGGACAUCUUCUACCACGAGGACCUGAUCAGAGCGAAAUUUUAUUCAGCCUAUGGAUCUGGUCAGAAAGCUUUUGAUCUUUUCAAUCCAAACUUCAAGUCUACCUGUCAACGGUUUGUGGAGAAGUACUUGGAGCUACAGAAGCUUGGAGAAACAGAUGAAGAGAAAUUAUUUGUGGAAACAGGGAAGGCUUUAUUGGCAGAAGGUGUCAUUUUAAGAAGAGUAGGAGAAGCAAGAGCUCAACAGGACAGUAGUCACAUUUCCGGGAAAUCUGAACCCACGGGUGUCAAACUCCAAACUGUGUUGGGAAAAAAAGAGCCUCUGAAAGAAGUUCCACAGCACCAGCACUCGGAGCCCCCUGAAGAGCAGUCAAAAGGCCUCUCACCUCCAUGAAGAAUUUGUAUACCACAUAUACUGACAUUUAAGCUGUAUUCACUAGAUGAAUGUUGAACGAUUUUUAACAGUUGAGUCGUGUAAAUGUUUCUGGAUCUCUAAGGCAUUAUGUUUGCCUUUUAGUUCCUGUUGCUAGGUGGUCAUAAAGCUCAGUAUCAUGGUUUGAAAGAAGCAGUUAUGUGAACUUUUAUGUUAGAUGGUAUUAAAUAAAGAAUUCCCUAGCUGCUUA